AUAUUGAUCACGUGGUUGUGUGAUAUCACGUGACAUGUGCAAGUUUAUGACGUCAAUCGGAACACGGUAAGAACAAAAUGGAGGAGUACGCAAGGGAGCCGUGUCCCUGGAGGAUUGUGGACGACUGUGGUGGUGCUUUCACCAUGGGGGCGAUCGGAGGAGGGAUCUUCCAGGCCGUGAAGGGCUUUCGAAAUUCACCUUCUGGCAUGAGCCACAGGCUUAGAGGUAGCGUGACGGCCAUCAAGACCAGAGCUCCUCAGCUGGGAGGGAGCUUCGCUGUGUGGGGCGGCCUCUUCUCCACGAUCGACUGCGGCCUCGUCCAGGUGAGGGGCAAAGAAGACCCGUGGAACUCCAUCACCAGUGGAGCCAUGACCGGCGCCGUCCUCGCCGCUAGGAAUGGCCCUGUUGCCAUGGUAGGCUCGGCUGCCAUGGGCGGCAUCCUCCUGGCGUUGAUCGAGGGAGCGGGCAUCCUGCUCACCCGGUUCGCCUCCUCACAGUUCCCCACAGGUCCCCAGUUUGCGGAGGAGCCAGCGCCCAUGCCAGCGCCAUCUUUCGGAGACUACAGACAGUACCAGUGAGCCCCCUCAACCCCUGGGGCUUUUUUUUAUACCAUGAACUCGAGACUGGGACGCCCUCACCUCACCAACCCAACCCCACCGUGGGAAGUCCUCAAACGCUACUAUAAAAUCAUGGGAUUGUGACCAGAGAGAAAAAAACACACACACACACACACACACACACACACACACACACACAUAUAUAUAGACACUUUUUACUUUAUACUUUAAGCUACCCACAGAUCGCCUUUUUGCUCCUCGGCCUUGUGUUUUGCUCGGUAGUUCAUCCCCCUAUCAGCUGAAUGUCCUUCCUCUGGACCAAGGAGUUGCCUUCAGCCUGUGUCUCUGCAAGUGUGUUCGGUGUGUGUGUGUGUGUUCCCAGAUGUCUACGCUUGACACACACUCACACACACCCAGGCUGGCUGAAGCAGGCAGCGACUCCGCCGUGCUGCGGUGGUCAUGUUGUGUUCACUCGUAAUGUUUUGUGUUCUGUACAUAAAGGCUGUCUGCAUGCGUGACAUGCUGUGGUGUCUGCCUCAUGUGUACCCGCUCUGUUGAUGGGCACCAGGUGCCAUGGAGGACAUCACAGCGGUUCUUCAAACUGGUGAAGGAGAGCAGGGGAAGGUAUUAGUGAAGAAACAGGUCCCCCUUUUUUUGUGUAAAAACUGGGCUCUAUUUAUUUUUUUGAAGAGAGAUAACCUAUUCCACUUGACAUUUUAUUGUAUGUAGAUCUCUGAGAUUAAAGCCUUUGUGACUGGAGGAGCAUACAGGAGACAAGUUUUACAGUUUCCAACUGGAUUCUUCUCUGGAUUGUGAAUAUGAACCGGGUCUAAGAAACAGACCAGAAAUAAUAAAUAAACACAAACAUCUGACAUAAA